AUGCUUAUUUAUCUCAUCUUGGGCAUUCUAUUUCUUAUUCAGGUGGGAGUUGGGAUUCUUGGAAAUUUCUUUCUCCUGGGCUUAUACACCUUCACUUUAUUCAUUCGCCAUAGGCUGAGGCCAAAAGAGUGCAUUUUUGUCCACUUAGCCUUGGCCAACUCCAAAGUGCUUCUCUCCAAGGGAAUCCCUCAGGUGAUUGUCUGUUUGGGCCUCCAAAAUUUCUUGGACCUUCUUGGGUGUAAAUUGAUUGUUUAUGUUUAUGCUGUGGCCCGGAGUGUUUCCCUCAGCAUCACCUGCAUCUUGAGUGGUUUUCAAGUCAUCACCAUCAGUCCCAGGAACUCCAGGUGGGCAGAACUCAAAAGUGAAGCCCCACAGUGCAUUGGCCCCACCUGCUUCUUCUGCUGGUGUUUCUACCUGCUGAUAAAUUUCAUAUUACUUGGAACUAUGCAUAACUCAAGGUAUUUGACUAAUAAUACCAAGAUCUGGAAUCUAGGAUAUUGUUCAAUUUUAACUCCUGCCUCUUUCAAUGCUGCAUUUUUUGCACUUGUCUUUUCAAUUCCUGAUUUUAUAUGUAUUGGAUUCAUGAUCUCAGCCAGUACCUACUUAGUGCUUCUCCUUCACAGACACCAGCAGCAAGUCCAACAUAUUCACAAUCCUCAACUUUCUACGAAGAUGUUCCCUGAGAAAAGAGCCACUUAUGCUGUCCUCCUACUGGUGAGCACAUAUGUCUCCUUGUAUUCUAUUAAUUCUAUCUUGGCAUUAUACCACUUUAAAGUUGACAAACAUCAGCCCUGGUUUGUGGCCACCUUAGAUCUCCUAGCAGCAUGGUUCCCAGCCAUCACCCCUUUUGUGCUGAUCUUCUCUGACUCCCAAGUCCUCAAAUAUUGGUAUGAUCUAUGGCACAGGGUAUAUUCUUGUCUCCUAUGCCACAAUGUCCUCAACCAUACCACCCCCCAGUCUCCUGACCUCACACUAUGA